GCGGGGCCCCGUUGCAAGUCGGGUAACCGAGCAUAGCAUGUACGUAUGUCGUCGUAUCGCACGAGCGACGUAGCGCGCCUUCCGAACGUUGAUUCCUUCGAAUUCGGCCUAGCCCGGUUCAGCUCAGCUGUUUCUCCCUUUGCGCUUGCAUGCGCACGGGAUCGCGAGUCGAGGCGUUUCUGGCGGCCUCCUGGUGCUGCGUACCGCCGAAACGGACGGGUGUCCGAACAAGGUGCCGCGAGAACGAACGAGUGAGAGCGAGCGAGAGGGACAAGGAGGAGAGAUAAGGACGAAGAGAGAGAGAGAGAGAGAGAGAGAGAGAGAGCGCGUUCGCGCGCGCGCGCCUUCCACCGUUGCGUUCCUGGAACGACGCUCACGUUAAUUCUCGACGUACUGUGUGUGUAUAUACGCGCACACGAGCUUGCCUGUAUAUAUUCGCGUUGAAUUGGCGGCAAGGGAACGGAAAGAAUUGCAGACGAGCGAGAAUUGCACGAGUCGAAGACGGACAGUGGCUUGUCACGCGACUCACGCGGGCUAAGAUGCCCGACGUAGCUGCUGCCGCGUGUAACAACGUCAUCAUCGAGGCAGCUGGAGCACGCAGUCCAAUGCGGUUCUCCUUCUCCGCGAGCGCACCGUGAGAUCCACCCCUGAGGCUCCUAGAUUCCAACCUGAUGUUCUUAUAGUUGUGAAGGAGUAUGCUGAAUAUUCCAGAGGAAGACUUGUUUGAGAGACAGUUACAGUGUAUUUUGCAGACGCGAGGGAACGUUUCGAGGGAUGUACAGUAAUAGUUCUAGUGAUUCAUAUUCAUCCUGGGCAAUAUUGCUGAUAUCCAUCUAAGAGUAGAUUUAUUAAAAGAUUAUUUGGUAUUUUCCAAUGUUGAUUUUAUAAAAGAACUCGAUCAAAUAUUACACUAAAAUGUGUGAACAAACGGAAAUCAAUUAUCUGGACGGGGAUGUUGUUUGGGUUAAAUUGGGGGCAUGCUGGUGGCCUGGGCAAGUUACUGGAUUGGAUAAUUUGCCAGAAGAUAUACGAGCUGAAUUUCAAAAGAAACCAAUAAUUGCUGCUGUUAAAUUUUUUCAAGAAGAUACCUAUGAAUUUGUAAAGAACUAUCAACAGAUUUACAAGUACAAUUGCACGCUUAAAGAUGAUUUUAUUAAAAAAGGCAUGGAUAAAUACAGAAGCAAAAGUAAGGAUGGUUCCAGUUAUAUGGACAAAUUUCCGGGCGAUGUAGAGACAGCGGAAAAAUUAACGGGAGGAGAUCCCGAUAUAUUGAACCAAGGAAAAUUUUAUCCAGAAGAGAAGCCGGAUAUUUCUGCUUUGUUCGGCGAGAAGAAAAUCCCGAAAAAGAAGCGCGAUCGCGAAGACGGACAUAGGCGAAGCGAUAGCGGGGACAUGAAGAAAAUCACACAUCCGCGUUUUUUGCGCGGAGAGAGUGAUCAUGAGGUUCGCAUUCGUCAGCAACCCAGCAGUUUACCAUCAACUCCGAUUAACACAGGUUCCCCAGUAUAUCGUUGCCAUUUCUGUAAUUUUACUUCCUCGCGCGUUAAUGUGAUUAUAUGUCACAUAAAAAGUCAUCGGUCCGGCGACUCGCCGACGCCACGAUCGAAGGUGAAAACAUAUUCUCAGUCGCACAGUAGAAUUUCUGAUACAAGUACACCGAAACGAAAAUAUGUAAGAAAAGAUAAGAGCCAUUCGAGCAGAAAGAAGAGUGAGAGUAGCUUGGAAUCAGGUAAACGAAGACAUUCGAAACAGAAUGAGAAAUCCAGUAAGAAGAAGAAAACUGAUCCAGAAUUGCGCGAAAAAUUGUUAGCUGAUUGGGAGGAUGAAUCGGACGAAGAAACAAUUAUUAAUGUAAAUAAUUCUCUGAACAGUUCACCUAUGAAGACUUUAUCAAGUGUCGAUGACAAAGAAUACAAUGAAGAGAGAGCUGCAGAGACUAAUGAAAUUAUAGCGGAAACAGAGAAAUUACUUAAAGAUACUGAAGAAUUAUCUUCAAUACAAAUACAACGAUUGAGUAAUUUCGAUAAGAAAUCGGAGACUGAAACAGAUAUUAAGAUUAGCGGUAUGUCUAAUGAAACAUUCAAUAAGUCGCCAAAAAAGGAUACUUCGAGUUCUGACAGUGAGAGCAAAAAUGACAAAGAUGACAAAAAAUCACGACUAUCAUGUUUUGAUUUUGACGAAGAUGAUUUGAGUGAAUCUAUACCACCUGUACGAAAAAUUCCCAGGGUAUUUGGUGAGAAAAAUUUAUCUUUGAAAAAAGAAAUUAUUAAAGAAUUUGCAAUGAGUCAAGCUUUGAAAAAUGAAAUGAAGAGAGAAGCCGAAAUGUCUGAACUAGGUAGAAAUAUGAAAUUAGAAGCUGAUGAAAUAAUGGAAAUAAUACAAGGUAGUGACAAUCGACAAGAGAAGAAAGAAAUAAAAGCGAAUAAAGAUCUCGAUGAGAAUAUACAAGAUGAAAUAGAAACGACACAGCCUGAAAAUGAAGACAAAAAGAAAACUAUUCAAUCAAAAAAUGAUCAACAGAAGUCUAAUACUAAUAGUUCCGAAGCUGAAGUGGAGAUUGUAGAAAUAGUUGAAGAGAGAGAAGAUGGUAAUAAUGAACAUUCUUCAAAUGUUACAAAGCAUAGUGGAACGAAAUCUAAGAUUACUACACCAGAAGUAUUGACAAAAAGUGCUGAAACAUUAGAAAAAAUUGAAACAUCAGAUAUGAAACAUAACGAUGAUAAAUUGCUUCAGUCCGAAAAAGCUGACUCAGAGGACGCGAUUAUAGAAUCUAAUGAUAACACUUCUAUGAAAGAAGCGGAUGAUACAUUAUCCGAACGAUUUACCACGGAAACGGAGGAUGAAACCGUGUCCGAAUCUGCAGAGACUAUGCCUGAACAAAGCGAAAAUUCAGACACUGAUCUAUUAGAUCAAGAUCAAAGUAUUGACGAUGGUGUCUCAGGUAAUCGUAUUGGUCAGCCAUUAAUUAAAAGGGGAAGAGGACGACCGCGGAAAAAUGCGAAAACGGCUAAUAAAAAUGCUAAUACAGACAAAAGUCUCAAAGUAAAAACCAAUAGAGGUAACAAGAGAUUUCGCUUGAGCGAAAGAAUCGAACGAAAGACUUCGGAUUCUGAUACAGAUCGAUCGUACAGCGGUAGAAGACGCAAACCAAAUAAAAAAUACUUGGAAUCCGAUAUAUAUGUUCAAGAUCCUGAUUACAAAGCGUUCAAGACAGAUGAGAGUCAAUCUGAAAGUGAAACUAAAGUUCCCGAGAGAAUUAUAAGUAAAUCCAGAAGAGGCAGACGUUCGAGAGGCGCUGAUAAAAAGAGCAGCGGACUCGUCACCCAGAGGGAUAAGGAAGAAAUAGAAGUAUCGGAUCAAACACCAACUGUUGCUGAAAACAGCACCAGCGUCUCAUCGAUCGAUAUGAAACACGAACUCUUUGAUAAUCGUGUCUCUAAAAAGGAAACAUUUUCCGAAGAAGAAGAAGGAAAAUCUGAGGAAGUAAAAUGCGAUAUACUCGAAGAGCGAAUAAAAGCUGUUUUGGAUGAAGCAUCCGUCACGAAAAUUGAUAUGGACGUAUCUUUGGAAAAUGUAGAAACAACUACAGUGUUAGAAGCUUCAAAUAAAAUGGAGGAAAUAGAACUUGAUUUGGAUAAAACUAUCAAGGAGUCAUCAGAAGUGAAAGAAAAGAGAAAUUUAAUAAAGCCAAAUAAAGAUAUUGAAAAAAAUCUUAAGAAUCAGAAUAAAUCUUCAAUUCUAGAACAAACUGAAGAUAUCAUUGAUAGAGUUGAAACACAGCAGGAUAUUUCAAAAACAAGUACGGAUAUGUUACCGCCAAAAAAGUCUCAGAUGAAAAAAUUUGAAUCAUCGCAAGAUCUUGAUACAGAUGUGCAAGUUAAUAAAACUGUAGACACCAAACUUGAGUCUGAAUGUAAAGAGAUUGAAUUUGAUUCUAAGAUUGAAAUCGAAUUUGAACAUCAGUCUGAAUUUCAGAAUGAUACUAAAGAAAGAGUAAAUGAAGAAGAUGAAAUAGUGAUAAAAGCAACAGUAGAUAAAAUAACAGAUGAAAUCGCAAAAAUUUUGGACACUAAAAAAGAAGAGCAAGAAAACUUGAAAAAUUCUGAAUUGCAGGAAAAUUUAAAUGAAUCAGAUAAAAAGGAACAAGAAAUGCAAUCGAUAGGAGAAGUAUUGCAAAAAUCACAAGAUGUUAGUCAGCUUGGAUUAAAAUCACUUGAAACGUCAUUCGAGACAUCCAAACCAGACGAUGCGGAUAAUAUACCAAAGAGUCCAACCAAAACGAUAAUCGAGCAACAAUUAACUCCCAAGAAAUCUUCUAUGCAAACGAGAUAUAAAGGUAAAUUCACUCCUGAAACAGGUAAAGGAAAAAAAGACAAAGAUUUAUUUUUAGAAGAAAGGCCAGCCAAUACAUUCCAGGAAGCUUUUCUGAAGACUUUACAGAUGGAUAAGAAGAAGAUUGAAGGUGCAGAAUCACCCAAAGGUAAGAAGGAGAAAAAAUCUAUCAAAAAGAAAGCUGAAGAGGUUAAAGUAAAUAUUGCUGCCAUACCUGCACAAAGUACAAAAAUUGACGAUUCAAAAAUUUUAGAAGUUUCCGAAAAUAUUCCAAUUGAAGGAUCAAAUGUUUCGGUUGUGAGUAAUUUUGAAAAUAUCGAAGUAGUUAUCGAGGAGAAAAUAGAGAUCGAUGACAAAAUUAAAGAUAAUAGUUGCGAAACUACUAGUACUCAGCUUGGAUCCUCGCCCAAUGAAUUUAUCAUUACGUCUAAAUCAUCUGAAAAUAAUGCUAAAACUAUUUCAGAUGUUAAAAAAUUGAGCGAAAUCCCAAAAACUUCAUCUGUAUCUACAUCUUCUUUAUCAUCCGAUAUCAGCGUACCAGUAAAAAAACGUGAAAUGCCACGAAUAAUAGAAAAUGUUACGUUGACUGAACCAGUGCAAAUUUUAAAACCGAACAAGCUAUCGCAAAAAGGUGUCAAACAUAAAUUGGAAAUGGACGUAACGAAGAAAAGUGAUCAAAAGAGUGGACCCAAAGCCAAGAUAAUGAAGAUAGAAACUCUACCCUCGAAUAGUAAACUAAAAACCAUAAAGUCUAAUCUACCAAGUUCACAUAUGUCUCUGACUAAGAAGUUGCAAGUUUUAAAGACAGAAGAGACAGACGCAUUUCUAGAGGCGCAGAAUAAAGAAAAAAGCAGCGCAUCCACGACGCAAACUAUCGUGACUGUACCGGCGACAGAAAAGUACAUACAACAGAGCUCUCAAAGUCUAGCAGACAUGGAGCUGGAUAUCAACUCAAUGCCAUUUGUCCUCAGCGAAGACGUGCUAACACCCGAGAGCAUUGAACAGAUGCCUGUCGUCAUAUCUUCUAUCAUACCGGCAUCCAGUUCAAUUCCAGCCACGCUCUCUUUCACUCCUACCACGCAAAUAUUAUCACCUACUAAACAGACUCAAUUUAAGAUCGCCAAUGAAACCACCGUGGCCGAGACGUCGCCGUCGAAGAAGAAGAGUGGCAUGCCGGCGAUAUUGAAAAAAGAAAGCAAAGCGAAACCGACCAUUACGAGCGUUAAAACACUGGUGCCCCCGCUCACCGGUGGUGUAAAGGGUUUGAAGUUUCAAAGCGCUCAACCAUCCAGCAAAACAUCGUCUCUCUUGACACAAAAAGGCAAAUAUGUUGUUGUACAGACUGCGGGCACUCAGCAACUGCGUUAUAGUGUUCAAGGCAAAUCCGGUACUCAACAGAAGAUCACUAUUCCAACUACUGGCAAGGCGGCGGGCAACGCGCAAGUGAUUCAGCAAGGUAAUAAAGUUGUCAUAUUGACAUCGAGUCAGUCAAAAAUGGUGCCAUUAAAUAUUUCCAAGACUCUGAGCGGCAAAAUGCAAAGAAUCGUGACGAGUAAGGGUCAGUUACUAUGUCCAAUCAGUCCGCAGAGUAGUAUAAUUACUUCGAAGAUUAUUGCGCCGAAAACUGACACUGCUGCAGCUAUCGCUGGCUCGCCUACCACAUCCAAACUAGCCACCGGUAGUCAUAAGAUUAUUAAUACGCAGGGUAUAAUCACAUCUAAAGGUGUACUCACUCCGAUUUCAGGUACUAUUGCUAAAACAGCAUUAUUAGGCACACUACCCCAGGGAAUCCUUACAAAAGGUGGUAUUUAUACUCCGAUUAGUGCCUCAGCUUUGAGCGGAAAAACUAUUAUUGGCUCGAAGACUUUAAUUACGAAGGGCGGCGCAACUCUCUUGUCUCCGCAAACUCAAAAUCUAGGUGGCUCGAAAGCGAUCUUGACACCAGUGUCUCAAGCUCUUGCUGGUAAGACUAUAUUAAAUCCGCAGGCCAUCGUUAGCAGCAAAGGUACUAUCCUUACGCCGAUAACCGGGCAACAGGUGAAGGCCAUCGCUGCCAAAAGCCCGGGCAAAGGCGGCAAAGUAUAUCAGCCAGUGCAACAAAAGGUACAGUUGCCUAUAUUGCAGAAAUCGUCUAAAGUACCGAUAUCGGCUGCAAGCUCGCAAACGAAAUCAUCCGCGAAAUCAUCCGGUGGCACAUUGAUUUUGCCGAACACUACCGGCACAGGGGCUCAGAAGAGCACAUCGCACGGUAAGAAGAGCAUCAAGCAACAAGCGGUGGUGCAACCAGGCGCUACCAUAAGUAUUGCUUCGCCGAGCGGGACACAGCAGACGGUAACGAUGGUCACACAGCAGGUACAGCCGAAAAACAAGACCGCAACCGUGCCAAAAGUUAUUAUUCCUAAAACUGGUCGCCAGACUAAAACUCAGCAGAAAUUUGUCCAGAAAGUGCAGGAGCCGGUUGUAUCGACGAUGCAGAGCAUCCACGCGAAACAGACGAUCGCCACGGCGACCUCGGCAAAUGUGCCGAUUGCUGCUAAGACGGUCGCCCAGUCGAAACAGACAAUCUCCGCGACCCCUCCAAAAUCCACCACGAAGUCUCACGCGUCAAGCAAGGCACAGAAGAAUCUGUUGAAUAUCGCUAUGAAUUCUAUAAACGCUGUCACGACGAACGUGAAUACCGUUACGACCAUGGCGUUACCACCGUUGGAACCGAUCGAUGCGGAAAAAAAAGUGAAAACGGAUCUUCAGCUUACGGAUGCCGUUCAAAAGGAACAAGGUAAAGUUGAGAAACUUCAUGAAAAAAGUAACGUAGACGUUGAAAAAACGGAAGAACCGAAAAUAGCCGCGCAACCACAAAUCAUGGCUUUACCAACAGAGAGCAGCGAUGGCACACAAACGUACGUGUUAGUUACGAUUGACGAGCAAGGACAGAUACAGCCGCUCGAUAAUAAUACUCUCAUGUCAUUGGAAGGAACUACGCAAAAUCCCGAUGGCACGAGGACUUUAUACAUAGAUCCUAGUUCUCUGGGAGAAGCCGGAACCUUGGAUAACAUUGUUCUUCAAUUCGACAACGGUAUCCUGCCGAACAUUCAAACCAAUGUGACAGAGGCUAAUCAAACAACAAUUAUAACGGAGAGUUUCCCCACGUCAGAAGUGAUACAGACGUCUAAUCAAGACAUACUGGCAGCCGCUCUGGCUAAUACAGAUUUCCAGCAAGAAAUCAAUUUGCCAGAGAAUCAAGCAUCCGGUAGUGUCAUGACUCAGACCGGUCUUACUCAGACGAGUCUUAUCAAUCAGACAAUACUACAGUCGACUAUCAUACCGCCCACAGAACCAAUAUCAUCGCCGUCGGUGCUGGAAACCUCAUUGACUUUAAAUCAGCCCAUCAUGACGCCGCUCGAGGUACCGAGCAGCUUGCCAAUUCAGUCAACAGAUUCAACUCCGACAUCGGUGGUAUCCACUAUCCCAUCUUCUCUUGAGCUACCGAUUACCAUUACGAAUCCCAGUAUCUCUUACAUAUCUGCCACGGGUGAACCGCAGAUUCAGAUUCCCGGCAACUCAAUGCCAGACAUUGGCGAGAUUAUUGAGGGCCCGACGGCGGCAGCGAGCAGUGAAGAUAUCGAUUGCGCCAAGAUUCCCGCGAGUACUCAAUACGUGGUCAUCCCAAAUCUGGAGAACAAUAUCGCGACCGCAGAGACGCAAAACGUGCAAAGCGCCGAAAUCGCAAUCGCGCCAUCGGUCUCGUACACGGUCACCAUGCCGAACAGUAUCGUCCUAGAGAAUCCGCAGGUACAAACCACUCCGUCGAUGCCUAUCAUCGAUGACACGUACACGGACAAUUCGCAAUUCACCACGACGAUCGUCGCCGAACAGACAUUUGUAGACGUACCGGUCUCGGAGAUGCUAGUCUCCAAGGCGCCAACAGUGGAACAUAUGCCAUUGGAAGACAUUGCGGAAACGUCGGAAAUGAUUAUCUCCACGCAUCAAGUUCCGGCUUCUCCACAGAAACCAAUUAUAUCGACCGACAAGUCAUCCAAGAAUUCGGACAAGGAGCAAACCGCGACGCAGGAAGUAUAUUCUUCUCAAGAAGUUCCUAUCACAGCUGAAGAGUUGAUCCUACAACAACCGGCUAAGGAAGAUAGCGCCUCGAUCGCGAUGAAAGUCGCGCGGGAAAAGAAAGGCGAUAACAAGGAGAGCGAUACCUCGACGACUAGUUUACCGAUAAUAGAUGAAACCGAUUCGAUUACGUCCGAAUCUAAUUCUAAGAUGGAACAAAUGAGUUUUGAAGCGAUUGAUUCGAGUGAGCUUAAGGCCACUGAAUCGCACGAAGCGGACACCGUGGACAAGUUGAAGCAGCUAACGUUUUCCGAAGGAUCUAAAACUAAUUUGCUAGAUAAGCAGGUAGCCGGGACGUCAAGCCAAGUAGAAACUCAAGCAGCUUCGCAAAUUCUACCAGCCGAGUUGUUAAAUGCCACGAGCGAUGCGAUUAUGAAGGUGAACGAGGCAGUAGAAUCGGAGUUGUAUGCCGGCAGGACAAACGACAAGCGAGGCAAGGAAGGUACGGAAGGCACGGAAGAUAGUCAGAAGGACGAACCGUCGUCGCAGGAAGAAUCGGACAGGCGUCGUUUGCGCCAGAGCAUGGAACUGCAUUUCGAGGAAGAGGAGGUGGCGAUCGCGGAAGCUAGUCAAGAGACGCCAUCGCAAUCUCAAUACGAGCAGUUCAACGUAUCCAUCAGCAGUGACUCCGCGGAUCUACCUAGUCAAUCCGCCGGCAAACUUGAGAGUUCGUCGGGCGAGGCCACGCAGUCGAUCGCGUACGAAUCGAUGGAGAUCGAUGAGGAGGAGACCGUCGUGGCGGAACCGCCGACUCAGUCUUUCGAACACUCGAAGAUCAACGAGGCAUCUCAAUCGUACGAGGUUUCAACGGAAGCCAACGUAAACGCACCUACGCAAUCCUUCAACGAAAUUCAGAAUCAAGUAGAACGACCGAGCGCUGACGAGGCGAUCGACGAUCAGAGCUUUCCUACGCAGAGUUACGAGGUUGACAAGAGAGAGAAUACGACGGAAGAUAUGGAGACCGAUGCCGAGAUCAGUCAAGAAGGCAAUAUACCGUCGCAGUCGAACGAUAUCGGUGCCGAUGGAAUCGGCACGUCGUCUGUAUCAACUAACAAUUCCGGAUUGAACGAGGACGAGACGGCAAGCUCGUCUUACGUGCCGGAGACCCCCGAGAAUCAGGAGCGCGAUCAGGAUCAGGAAAGUGCGAUAAGUACGUCGUCUUACGAGAUUCCGCCGUGCGAAGAACUCAACAUUGCCUCGUCCAGUGUGAUACCGGACACGUCGGUCAGUACGGAGCAUACCGGUAUUCAUGACAACGGCGUGCCGGAAAUCCCGACCUCCUCAUCGUACAACUUGAAUCCCGAUAUCACGUCGACCCACCACGUGGACUCGGUGCCUACAUCCAGCUACGACGAUCAGGUAAUAGUCGAGCAGAACGUAUCGACAUCGUACGAGGUACCGAUUUCGAUGCCUGGCCUGGAAGAAACCUGCUCGCAGAACUUCGUCACGGAGAGCGGCGAUCAUCACCAAAACGAGCCGUCCAGCUAUUACGCCCAUCACCAAGAAGUGACGGCGAGUUACUACGAGUCCGUGGACCAAGAUGCCAACUCCCGUCUGGAGGAAGACCCACACGAGGAGCACGUCACGCCUGGCGGCUACUACGAGGGCAAUCCGCAGGAGGUGAGUCAAAGCUAUUUUGCGCCCGCCGAGGAGGAGACGCCCAAUUACACCAGCCAUAGUAUCUCGUCCGGCUACUACGAUCCCAGCAGACCCGAGAGCGAGGCGAGCCAGAGCUAUUAUUCCACGGACGAUCUGGACGGUAAAACGGAGGAGCAGUCGUCGUCCUCGUCGCCGAACAUCGAGGCAUCGCAGAGCUUCUAUCAGGAGAGAUCGGGGGAGCUUAGACUGAGGCAGCAGGGCGAGGCUACACCGACCUAUUCCGAAGGAUAUCCGGUGGACUACACCCUGGAAAAUUCGCCGAUCGAGAGGCACGAUCUCGUGGAGAGCUCAGUGCCAGCCACCAGGCCUAUGGACAGGUAAUAUACUACGGAAGACGGUAACGAGCAAGAGUGUCCCUCAUUGAAAUAGACUAUCGGUCGUACUGUCUCUGCAGCCCCGUCAACA